AUGCUGGUCACUAUUCUAGGGAACGGUGUGGUCAUUAUCUCCAUUGCUCACAUAAAACAGCUCCACACGCCAACUAACACGCUUAUAAUGUCUUUGGCAGUUGCAGACCUGCUGCUUGGAGUAACUGUGAUGCCUUUUAGUACAAUGAGGGCUGUGGAGGGCUGCUGGUAUUUUGGAGAUGCUUUUUGUUUGCUGCAUUCUAGUUUUGAUAUGUUCCUCACAUCUGUUUCAAUUUUCCACCUGGUAUUCAUAGCCAUAGAUCGAUAUGAGGCUGUGUGCAGUCCACUUCGCUAUUCCACCAAGAUUACUAUACCAAUAGCAUGGCUCAUGGUUUUUGCCAGUUGGGCCGUUGCUGCGUUGUACUCCUAUUGCCUACUAUAUUCCAAAGCAAAUGUAAGAGGACUGGAUGAAUUCAUUGCAUCCAUAUACUGCCUGGGAAGUUGUAAUCUUUUCCUUAAUGCUUUGUGGGUAUUGAGUACUGUGUCUUCAGUGAUCUCAUUCUACAUCCCAGGAGUAGGGAUGAUUAGCAUCUACCUAAAGAUUUUCCUUAUAGCACAGAGAAAGGCACAUUCAAUUCAUGGUACAACCAAUCAGAACUCUGUAGGCAAAUCACAGAGAAAGGCCACCAAAACACUUGGUAUCAUUAUGAGGGUAUUUCUAUCAUUCUGGACAGCCUUUUAUCUCCAACAGUCCAUUGACCCUUUCAUACAGUACUCCAUCCCCCCGCUGUUGGGGGAUACCCUGGUUUGGUUUGGAUAUUUGAACUCUGCUUUUAACCCUAUUGUCUAUGCUUUCUUUUACACUUGGUUCAGGAGAGCUUUGAGAAUCAACAUCAGUGAUCACAUCUUUCACAGAGGUUCUUGUAGAUUUAGAUUGUAUUCUGAGUAA